CGCCACGGCUUUCCUGCCAUCAGACAAACUACUGCGUGGCAUAUUUCGUUUGUUGAGGAAAACGACAAUACAAUACCGUCGCGGAGAUCCUUUUCCUCCAUUUUUGUUUUUCGUUAUCCUAGGUGCAUUGUGUACUGAACGCUGUAACUUGAUUGUGAUAAUAAUAUAAAUUUAGGUGAAUUUACUAAUUAAACAAGUGGAAAAAUCGAACGCUGUUCUUUUGGAUGCUUUUUGGUUCGGCUUGACAUAGCGAGACGGAAGGGACUAAAGGAAUUUGCACGCACACGGGAAGAAGACGAAGAAAAACUGCGAUAUAUUUAGAGUUUUAGUUUUAACUUCUGCCUAUUACAUCUAUCCGCCUAAGAGUGUUCACGUCGGACGUUGGAAAGAGGAGGAAAAUCAUUACAAUUGUGCGAUUAUUGUUACUCGAGCAGUUUUUCAUUUCGAAUAGUUACCAUUUAACUAGGCACUAAUUCAUUUAUAUAUAGAGUGUUAAGCAAAAUAGUUAUAGAUGAAUCGCUGUCUUGAAAUAUCGUGACAAAAUGGGUGCUUGUUUGCGGAAUAUGUGUUCGUCAGGAGACGGAAAAUCCACUAUGGCCGAGCGUGCAUGUGAAUGAAAAUUUUCGCAGCCCAUCGUUGGCUUUCAUUGGAUAGGGAAAAAAACGGGAGCCAUUCUCGCCUGAUUGAUCUAUAAACAGGAUUACUAAUUACUGCUUUAUCAAUUGCCAACGUGGAUAUAUUAACCAACAAAAAAAUAGAGCAUAUCCACCCUUUUUGUGGCUUGUGUGGUGGCAGGUGGUCAAGAAAAGGAUCCGCAAGUAGUGCAAGUGGCGUGUGGAAAAGCGGAUUUUAUGAGGACGGCGCCGUGGUAUACACACACAUCAGAGGACAGGGAAAACGCCGCAAUUGCUAUAGACCGCGACCACCACGACACGACAAAAGUAGCGUGGCGGAAGGUAGCGGCACUGGGAGCCGGUUGCAAAAGUGAAUGAGAGAUCCGUGCGAAUGAAGGAGUGAAAAGCGUGAGAGCAUUUGUGAAUGAUAGUGAGCAGUCGAGAGCUAACCAGGACCUCCGAGUCUGCUCUCGUGCAGUGGGGCACUGUUUUAUGACAUUACUUCUGACAAUAGCCUGACAUGUGGCGUGAGAACAAACAUUUCCGCGUGUAUAUGUAUGAAGCGUGAACGACAAGUGCAGCACUCUGCGAAAAUAGAAUUAAAAACUAUAAGUAGAAAAGGAAUACAUGCAUAAUACAAUGCAUCCGGAGUGCGUUUAAGUGCGUCUAUGAAGUUGAACAGGAAAUCGGACGGAAAACGAAGCAAAAGUUCGCUCAAAUGAAACUAUACAAUUUAGUGAAGUUAUACGAUAUUCAUGAUUUUUGACACCACAUUGAUCUGGAGAUGGCUGAGUUAAGUGCAACAACAAUGGACCCAACGGCAGCGUUCGAUCACGGCGGACGGCAUCUACAGCAACUCGCUUUUCAUGCAUGCGGCCACAUCACACGUCGGCAACGUUGUGCAGGUCCAAACGGCGUCCGGUGUUAUUUUCGAAGGCGUAUUCCGGACAUUUUCGUCACAGUUUCAGGUUGUGCUGGAAAUGGCGCAUCGUAUUGAGAUCGGUCCAGAUAACGACAGCAAAAUUAUCGUAGACUCCGUUGUCGACCGGCUCAUUUUCAAGCCCAGUGAUAUCGUCAGUAUUGCUGCCAAAGAUGUGGACUUAGACUACGCUACCAGGGACACAUUCAAGACCGACACCGCCAUCUCCCGUUGCAACGGUAACGGCCGACCAGAGGAACGCGAGCUCGAACCGUGGGACGAAAGUGGCACACUGAAUGGCGACUGCGAAUUCAACUUGGAACUCGACGCCAAUGCUAACGGGUGGGACGUGAAUGAUAUGUUCCACAAGAACGAGACGAUCUACGGUGUACAGUCAACGUUUGAUCAGUCACUUUCCGGAUACACAGUGCAGAUACAGAAGAAAGAUUCCGACGAUUUUAAAGCACAGGAAACAGAAGCAGAGCGAAUUGCCAACGAAAUAGAAAACAAUCCAAUAUAUAAGGAUCGUAUCGACUUAGAAAACGGUGACGAAGAAUCGGCCUUCGCGGCUGUAUCUCGGCCAUCUAAUUCCAGUCCACAGCCGUCGUCUGCGAGCACUCUUUCGCCAGCACAAAGUUCUAAUAGUAUGAACGAUAAAAACAACAGUAAUAGCUCAGUGAUGCCAUCGAAUGCUAAAUACAUUGUGCCCGCAAAGCGUAAGCCGGGCCAGGCGGGUAAAUUGACUGUCCGGAGCACUCCGCCGCCAUUGACCAAUAACGGUGGACCUCCUCAACAGCAACAACAACAACAACAGCAACCGCCGCCGCCACAGCAACAGCAACAACAACCACAGCAGCAACAGCCCCCAAGCCCGCAGGCGCCGCCACACAAAAAUAGUUAUCCAAACAUGUCAAUGACUUCACAACAGCAGCAACAACAGCAACAAAUGCAGCAGGCACAAGCUCAACCACAACAGCAACAACCCCCCAGCAAUCAGCAUGCUGGAGGAAUGCAGCAACCAACCCCGCAUGGUUCCCAGUAUGGAAUGCAUGCCAAUCAAUCGCCAUAUGGCCAUGUUCAGCAUCAACCCCAUCAACAGCAGCAACCACAGCAGCAACAGCAGUCAGUGCAGCAGCAACACAACCCGUCAUCGGUUGUAAAUAGUAACAGUAACAUGAACAAAAUGAACGGUGACGGAAGAGGAGAUAUGUCAAAUAGCAGUGGCAUGAAUGUAAAUAGUAACACUAAACCCUUGCCUCAACGUACGCGGCAAUAUCCAAAUGCUGCAACGGUAAAUUAUAAUGAGCCGCCACCCUCACUGGGUCCCCAGCAAAUGCCUCCGGGUCAGAUGCAGUCCAUGGGCAAACCCCCGAUGCAUGUCACUCAUCCGCACCAUGCUGUGGCCACUCAUAUGCCACCUCCAACAGUGGUCACUUCCGAUCAGCAGCAACAACAAAUUCAACCACAAGUGGUAAUGCAGCCACAUCAUGUUGUUCUUCCGCCUCCGAUCAUUGGUGUUGCAACAGGACCUGCACCGCCCCAGCAGCAACAGCAAAUGCAGCAACCACCGCCACAGCCCCAAAGGCAAGUGGUGGUACGAUCGCGAGACAUGGACGUGGAGAAUCUGCGCAAAUUUGGCCAGGACUUUAAAUUGGCACCGCCUCAACAGCAGCCACCGAUGCAGAACGUUCAUCAACAGCCACCUCCACAACACAAUGUUCAACAAAUGCAGCAGCAACAAUCGGAUCAUUCGCCACCAAAUCAACCUCCCAUGGAGUCCUCUCCGCCUCUUUCCCAGGUUCCGAAACACUCGGUUGUAGAUCACGUGCCACAUCAACAACAACAACAACAACAGCAGAAUCAAUCCUCCCAAACACCAUCCAGUAUGGUCCAUCAACAUCAACCUCCACAGCACAUAAUGCAAUCUCAGCAGCCCCAACAGCAGCAGCAGCAACAGCCUCAAUCUCAACCUCCUCCACAACAACAAUCCCAACAACAACAGCAGCAACAUCAAUCGACGUCUGCUUCCCCGCCACAAACGGUUCAAUCCACUGUACAUAGUGGAGUUCCUAAUCAGAUUAACACAUCAGCUAGCAGUAGCAAUGGAAGCGUUGCUGGCAACAACACCAGCAAUGGAGGCAGUCAAAAUAGCUCAUCGGUGGAUAGCAGUGGUGGUGCUGGCGUUACCAAUGCUGACGGUACGGUGAAGGUUGCACCUAAGAAGACUUUCACGCUGAAUCCAGCGGCGAAACCGUUUACCCCCCGUAGCCCUAGUACACCGAACCCGUCUCGCCCUCACACUCCGCAAACGCCGGGACCAGUGAUGGCUCAACAGCAGCAGCAACAGCAACCCCAGCCGCAGCCGCAGCAAAGUGCCUACCCGGGCCAGCAACAUGUGGCCCCGCAGCAGAUCAUUAUGUCGUACGUAAUGCAACCGCCGCAGACCGCAUUCCAACCGGCACAGCAACAUCCGCACGCCGGCCAGCCGACGCGGAUCCGGAAAGUUCCAGUUGCCGCGUCCCAGAUUCAAGUUGCUGCCGCCACCGGCCAGCCGCUGCUGGCUCCGGCACCAAUCCAGAUGUUCCCGCCUUAUCCGCCAACGAUUCAUCCGCAGCAUUUCCAGGCACCGCCAUUCCAGUCUUAUCGAAUCUAUCACGAAACUCCACAGCCAACUCAGCUACAAUAUCUGGCGCCAACGCCACCGUCGACAACGCCCUCGCCCGGCCAACCGCACCAGCAGUACCAUCCGGGACCGCAGCCAUCGCCCGCUGCCGGUGGGCCGCCUACGUACGCUCCUGCCCACCAGCAGCAGCCCCAACACUAUCCGAUGAUGUGUCCCAUCGUUGCCGGACCGCCCCAGAUUAUGCCGACGGUCUAUCCGAACAUGACCCCGGGAGCCCCGCAGCAGAACCACCACCAGCAAAACUUACACGUAAUGCACGUUGCGCAGCAUCCAUCCGCUCAGUAGCAUAAAUUCAACGCCACCACAGCCGCAGUCGCUGCCAGCAGUAAUAAUAGCCACCAUCCUCACCUACAUCAUCAUCAACACUAUCAGCACCAACAUCCGCAACAGCACCAUCAUCACCCACAGCACAGCACGGUGGCCACAGUAACCACCAGUAUCCACCAGAGCAGCUACUCACCCUACGGUGGAAAGUCUAUUAAGAACUGAAGUAACAAAAAAAUCGAGUUAGCUGCAUUUUAAGUUUUUUGAUGUGUCAUCUGUUUCACUUGUACCGGUUAGAAGCGAGCAAAGAAACUGACUUAGGUCGAAGAACGAACACCGCUAUACGGUUCAGUUGGUGUGCAGGAUGAGAUGAGGGAUGCGUAAAUAACUGCUGAUUCCGAUGGUCAGGGAAUGGGAGAGAGUCACUACUAUCUACUAGACUACUUUCAGUUGUUUGAUUGUUUUGCGGCGCAAAAUACGUUAGUACACUAUACUAGAGUAGCUAUAACGACAUGUACAUUAGAACUGAAUGAAUGUGGGGGCUGGUGAUAUGUGGGAAGGCGCGCUGCAUUUUAUUUUAAACUACCAAGAACAAGCAGUAAAUAAAAGUGUGUUAGAGCGAUGUAUAAAAGAAACAAAAAAACAAAAGAACAGAAAUUAAACCGUACGUGAAAAAUCAGUAAGAAAGUGACGCGAUAGGGUGCACCGGUUAGUAAAGGUGCACGCGCUGUUAAUGCGAAAAUAGUAGAUCAAAUCAAAAUUCGUUUACAAUUGAGGAGCAUAAAGUGAACACUACUAGUGAAGAUAUUGGCCGUUCAAUAUCGUCGAAAUAUCCGUUCAAAGAAAAGAGCAAACAGGUCAAGUCAGGUUAGAUCGGGAAUAUGGUAACCUGCUAAUAUCUAGAAUCGUUCGUUAGAAAUGAAAUGAAAGGAAAAAACGAUCAGGAAUCUACAAUCAGGCAUAUUUGUUAUCUUGUUUUUACACCUGUGAGUAAAUAUACUUGUUUAAUUUAUUAUGCGAAGCAACAUUUGGAUUCUAAAUUAAAAUAGUUACAAACGAAUGAACGUUGGUAUAGAAAACUAGGUUUUGUUGGUUAAAUAUUUCUUCCCUUUUUUAAAACCUAUAAAACCUGUUAGAUAGUUUUGAUAGAUAGCACAAGUAGGUACUUUAAUUUAACAAUUUAAAGAUACCAAACUCACGAAAUUAUUCAUUUGGUGUCAGUCGCAAGUUAGGAAAAGAAUGCUGCGUAUCUUUUGUAAUUUUCAACCUUUUUUUUCGAGCGAUGCGCGUUGAUAAGGUUAGUGGAUCAGCUUAAAUAUCUUUAAAAGCUAAAGUUUCAAAGAUCACCUUAGCUUAUUAAACGUUUCCAAAAGGUUUUCAGAAUUAAUAUUUGGUCUUCGGUUUAACCUACAAUAUGCCCGCACAAACACACGUUUCUCUGAUUACCCAGCUAAAGUAAACGAUUUUUAGAAGAUUAAAUAAAAAGCCACAGUCAGAUCAGCAUACUUUGUGAGCCUUCCUAUUAACUAUGAUUUUCGAUUCAAUCUUCUAAAAAUCGACUUCUUUGAUUCGGUGAUCGGAAAAUGGAGUUAAUCGGUAUAAUCGGUGAAGAAAUAUUCUGCAAUAUUACAGUAUGUAAGCUGCGACGAUAACAAUAACGUUUUCUAAUUUUUUUUACAGUUUGUCAAGGCACAUCAACAGAUUAAUCAUUGUAGCGUGUUCAAACCCAAAAUUUUAAAAAACUACUAUCUGGUUUCUGCUAGAGUCACCAGGAUCGUAGUACUAAUCUUGUAAUUUUCUCUUUAUGUAGUCCAGAACUUUAAGCUAAUCGUUCAAUUAUCAAUUCAAGCUAAUAGUUUCAUUAUCAAAAUGUGUUUUUGAACAACGCUUCACCUUCUGUUUAGGUCUGGGUCCAGACAGACCAGUGAUGUUACAUCCCGACAAAGCAAUUUAAGUUCACAUUACCAACGUUCACCGCAAUUGUAAGCGCAACAAAAUUCAAAAUUACUCGAAACGGGUUUUUUCCUCUGUAAACUAUCAUUUCCGAAGAAAUGGAUUGUAUUGAGCUGAUAAUAUCCUCUAAUUAGCAGAGCAAGGCUUAUGUAAUAAAAAUAAAACGUGCACUCGUGCAGGUACCGUUGAAUGACACCAGAAAAAGGUGUACGAAUGUUUAAAGCGUGCCAGCCGCGUAGGGUCACUUUUCGAUUCAGUAAAAAGGUCCCAAAGAAAAGCAAAGCAGGCACGAAUGAGUUUCAGAAAAUUUAUUAUACAUUGAAAUAAAAUGAGGCAUUUGCACAGACAAAUGAAGAAUGCCAGUAGCAGUCGAAUGAAUGCGUCAAAAUAGUCACGGCGAAUAAAAGAGAACAUAAAGGCAGAACAAGAGGCGAGCAAAUCGAAUUACUUUAGCCAAUAAAACAAUUGUAACUUAUUAAAAGAAAUGAUAACUAGCCAAAAGAACUACUAACAAACACAAUACACUCGAUAAUGACGAGUGGCUCGAAAUGAGAGCAAAGAUAAUGAUUGAGAGAAAGAAAGAAAAUGUCACAGUAAUCGGUGCUAAAAAAACGGAAACAUAAAAGUUGACAACAGAGAAGCGAAUGCAACUUACAAAGUGGUGUAGCACACGUGAAACAUGUUAAACAUGUUAAUCAAAAGAUAGCAUAGCGGAAACCAAACGAAAGUAAACUUAAAAUGAGACGACGGGACGGAAGAAACACAAAUAUCUUAAAACAGACAAACAUUAUCCAUUUGGCAAGCAUGUGUCGGUCAAUUUGAAUGUAGAAAUCCAGCUUUUUAAAUUACUAAGCGAAUUGUUCGUUUUCCACAACCACAUUGAAGAAGAAUAGUAAGCAUCAAAGCAUUAGCAUUCAUCGCAUACAAAGCUUCCUUCUGUAAAUCCAUUUAAACUUGUACUCGGAAGCCGCCAGCCUUUCAAAACGUCCGACAUAUGCCAACCAAACAGCAAAACUCAACUCCGCAUGAUGAACUAGCAGUACUGCGAACGUACCUAGGUACAUAUUGCAACGAACAAACAAUGUUCAAUUGUAACUGAUCGUUACGAAGAAAAGACACCCAAGAGAGGAAUGCGUGGAAACAAACUCUGCAUUAGAUAAUAGUCUUCAAUAGUCGAUAAACAAUGCUUUCUAUCAGAAAAUUUUUGUUUUGUUUUUUGUUCGAAACCGCAAAUUCCUUUCGCAAAUGAUGAGGAAGAAAGCCAAAUAAAUUAGAAGAGAAAUGCUAACGAGAAAGACGUAACAAGUUCUCGCCAUGGCAUCAUUUGUGAACGUCAUUAUAUCACCAGAAAACAAGUCUUAAGCAAGAACAAACCGCGAAUCGGAGAUCACUGUAGUGCAACAGCAUCUCGCGAGCAAAGACUCAUGUGGAAGAAAAGAAAACUAAUUUUUGUUAUUCUGUUUUUUGUUUGCCUAUAGUGUUCCUUGAACUUUGAAAAAGAUCAGUACCCCUAAUAAAAAUUGUUUUCUACCAGCGGUCAUGCAAUGCUUGUCACUUGCGAGCGGGAAAACAUACAUUCAAGGAACCAAAAAAUUGUUUUUAUGAUUAAAAGAUCAUUAUUUUAAGUGACAUAGAAAACAAAUCUAAAAAUAAAACAAAAAAAAAACGCUAAACAGA